GCAGGCGGAAGUAGCCUCGACGGAAGCGGUUCGGUCUGUCAAGGGAGAAAAAAGAUUAGCAGAAUUUGACACAAAGCGGUUAAUCCCACCUAAAAGCACCGAUCUUCCCCCUUUCCUCGCACCGGUGUCCGCCGCCAUGAUCCUGUUAGAGAUCAAUAACCGCAUUAUAGAGGAGACGCUGUCGCUGAAGUUUGACGGCGCGUCCAACGGCACCAAGCCAGAGGGCCUCGAUGUGACGUUUGCAGACUUCGAUGGCGUCCUGUACCACAUCUCCAACCCCAACGGGGAGAAGACCAAAGUGAUGGUCAGCAUCUCCCUGAAGUUCUACAAGGAGCUGCAGGAGCAUGGGGCUGACGAGCUGCUCAAGAGGAUCUAUGGAGACUUCCUGGUUUCAACAGAGGAUGGCUACAACGUGUCCCUGCUCUACGACCUGGAUGCGCUACCAGCCAAUAAAGAGGAGGUGAUCCACCAGGCGGGGAUGCUGAAGAGGAACUGCUUCGCCUCCGUGUUCGAGAAGUACUUCAAGUUUCAGGAAGAGGGCAAGGAGGGCGAGGAGAGGGCCGUGGUCCACUACAGAGACGAUGAGUCCAUGUAUCUGGAGGCUAAGAAAGACAGAGUGACGGUGGUGUUCAGCACGGUGUUCAAAGACGACGACGACGUCAUCAUCGGCAAAGUCUUCAUGCAGGAGUUCAAAGAGGGUCGGAGAGCCAGCCACACGGCCCCCCAGGUGCUGUUCAGCCACCGGGAGCCCCCGCUGGAGCUGAAGGACACGGACGCCGCUGUCGGGGACAACAUCGGAUACAUCACCUUCGUCCUGUUCCCCCGUCACACCAAUGCCAAUGCCAGAGACAACACCAUCAACCUCAUCCACACCUUCAGGGACUACCUGCACUACCACAUAAAGUGCUCCAAGGCCUACAUCCACACACGCAUGAGGGCCAAGACGUCAGAGUUCCUCAAGGUGCUGAACCGCGCUCGUCCCGACGCCGAGAAGAAGGAGAUGAAGACCAUGUCUGGAAAGACGUUCUGCCGCUGAGGUCGGCCCACCAGAGAAAUCCAAACCCCUGUGGACACGCCCAGACGCGCUACACGCCUCAAACGCCACAUCGGACAGGCCCGUAC